UCCCUUGUUUAAUGUAUUUACACAGAAAAUUUCAAACUGAGAUUAGCAAGAAUGCUAGUUAAAACGUAAUUAGGUGUAAAUAAUUGGAACCCUAAAGCUUUAUCUUGAUUGAUACCUAAAUUUAUAGAUCUAUGUUUGUUGUUUUCUGGUUAGAACGGGCAUACGCUAUUGUUUCCUUCAAUGUUCUCAUAUCUUUUUGUUGUAAAUAAUCACUGUUCAUUGCAUUCGUUUAUCUGCUUCAGUUUCUAGCGCUCGAGAGUAAGAUCGGGGAAUCGUUGAUGUGUUUUGUUAGAGCAAACCAGGAGCUGAUCUUUUUUGAAGCGCCUUCAUAAUAGUUCGUUUAGAGUUUCUCCAUUCCCGCUACUAAGUCUUUUCCUGUCCGGAUACCGGUCUCCACUCCUAUCGGAAGCAGGUAGCAAUAGCAAAUCUAUACUAGUUUUAUAAACACAAACACACUGCUCCAAUAUUCUGUCCCUAAACGAAGCGUUCGUGAGCCCUCACACAUCCUCUGUGGGUUUGGAUCCUUCAGGAAUACGGAAUCAUGGCAAAUAAGAUGGUCGGGAAGGGUAAAUUGCCAGUUGAAUCAGAAGAUGCGCUGAAACUGCGGUUCCAAGUUGAGUUGGAGUUUGUGCAGUGUCUGGCCAAUCCCAACUAUCUGCAUUUUCUCGCACAACGUGGUUUCUUCAAAGAUAGCUCAUUCAUCAACUACCUAAAAUAUCUUCUGUAUUGGAAGGACCCAGAAUACGCCAAGUACCUGAAAUAUCCCAUGUGUCUUUACUUCCUGGAUUUGCUUCAGUACGAACACUUCCGGCGGGAGAUUGUGAACGCCCAGUGCUGCAAAUUCAUCGACGACCAAGCGAUCCUACUAUGGCAGCACUACACACGGAGGCGUACGAGACUUACCUCGUUGGGAACGACGAGCCUCACGGGGUUGUCUGUCGGAGGACAACCAGUCGGCGGUGGCGUACAGGGAACCUUGCUAUCGAAUGACCCAGUUCCAAUGGCCAACAACAACAAUAACACCAAUAGUACCAAUGCUAACAAUCCACAACAGCCCGGACAGCAGCAGCAGAAUGGUGGCCCGAUGGCACAGCAGAAUGGUCUAGCUAACAAUACCGGAAUGUCCGGGGUAGGGAUGGGUUCCGCUGGCGGUGGUGGUGUCAAUCUCAGUGGGCAGAAAGUGUCCUAAGAUUAAGCUUAGUAAGUGCGUAUGCAUUUCGAAAAAAAAAUAAGCUUUCUUCUGUAAAAAGACUGUUUUAUAACUCUUAUAAUAAAAUGCUAAAGUAAUCUUAGAGACCCACUG